AUGUCACACAUAUUUUUCAGCACAUUCCUGAGUGCAUUUGUGGACGUUGUGGUGAGCAUUGUGAUGUCCUUUGCUGCCCUUGCUGGAGCUCUUAUCAUCACCAUUGGCUACCAAAUAUGGUGCAACACAAUCAUGCUGCGUUUCGAGGCAUGUGAGGAUGCCACACAAAAUGACAUUGAUAGGAAGGACGAGAUACACACCCGUAUGUUCUACACCCACUUUGGAACAGCUCAGUUUGGAGCAUGGACUCUGUGGGUUUGCUGGGUUGGACUGGCAAUGUUCUCCUGGUUGAAGCUCUGGAAGUACCACCAGCAAGAAAACAUCCGCGUCUCCAUGGCCAGGGAGCGAGCCAGACUUGUCAGAGACAGACAUGUUAGACUCACGGAUUAAAAGAGCUCUUCUGUUGCACAAGAAAGUCAUGUUUAGAGAUAAGGAAUAGAAGAGACAGUGUAUGUAGAGAGAAGCAUAUAUUUCCUUAUUUGUUCACAGUGAUGGAGUGAACCUCUCAAAGUGUAGCUGUCAGUAUGGUAAAGUAUUAGGUGUUCAUUCAGGUAACUGACUGAACAGUUAAAGAAGGGUAGGCAGUCAUUUCAUGGAUUUUCAGAUUCCUCCACACGACAGUGUAUCAUAGCUAGAAGUACCAUUUGAAAUAGUUAACAAAGGCUCAGACAUGGAAGAUUAUCGGGAUAUAUACAUAUAUUUUAAUUAACCAGGGUAGUGGAUGGAAAAUGAAUAUAUAUUAUUUUUUACUUGUGAUGAGUAAGUGAUCAAUUUUAGUGCUUGUCUAUUAUUACCAGUAAUGGAGUUUACCUACUUUGCCUUGUCCAAUUAGAACAAGUUCAUGCUCUUGAUAUGUUUUCAGCUUUUAAAAGAAUAAUAGAGCCAUUAUGUAACUAAUAAUUACAGCAUACCACUACAUAUAUUUCCAGCAUAAAACCAGGUUACAUAUUACAUUGCUUUGCUGAAUUUUGUUUGACAUAUUACAGUUAAAAGUAUCAAGUUUUGUAAAAAAAAUCUUUAUUAGUUGCAUAAAUAAUCAGUGAAUGUAUCAGUUGAUAAUGAAAAGUUCCUAAUUAUUUUCCUGACUAUGUAAUGAUAAUGGAAUUGAGAGUGCUCCGGUUUUCACUUGACUAAGGACCAUUCUUGUAGAUUUGCUCAUGGAUUUUAAGCAGUAUUAGAACACCUCCUAUGAAAUGAGAUACUGAAACUGUAGAAAAUCUCAACAGUUAGAUUGUAUACGUCUUGCAAAGUGUCACAGGAAGAUGGUAAGCUGCCUUUUCAACCAUCCAUUCCUUCCAUUUGAGUUUUCUGUAAGAAGAGAACUAGAGACCCAGAGCUACUUGGUGUCCUGCCCAUUGAAAAAAUUAGCUUUUCAGGGCAUGACCCUUUUGAAGAAGUUUGGUCUGUGAUGGGAAAUCCUGAGAGAAGAUCCAAAGUAUACAAGGUUUAGUUUCCGAUUUCUCAGCAUUUCUCUGAUUUUGUCUUUAUUAAAGGUGGUUGGAGGUGUUUGUGGGUGAUUUUCUACUCUUCAAGAAUCUUCCAUACUUAUAUUAUUAUUUUUUUUAAUCAGGUAAUAAAGAUAGUGAAAGUUAUGCAUGCAUUGCACAUGGGUCCUCUUUUAGAAAGCUUUAUAUUUUUGUCCAUGGGAAAUAGUGCCAAAUUGUGCAUGUUUAACUUUUUUUAUGUCCUUGGUUCCUGCCAUGUAGUCCUAUUGUUUUUAAUAUGUUGUUGUUGUUUUUCUCACUCAAAUUAAAUGUAUUCAUCAACAUGUAGUUUAGCAGUAAUAUCCAAGGAAAACUGUAUGUUGUAUUAACUUGUAAAGUCACUGCAACAUUGAGCUACAAGUCCAUGAGAUGAAAUGGGACAAAACAUUUCCUGGUGUAAUUUUCCCAUUUUUCAUGCUUAUUUGCCAUAGGUAUACAAAUACUUUCCAGGUUUAUGGAAUUAUUUGACAUUUAAUAGUUAUAUAACCUAAAAAUUUAUAUGAAUUGAAAAUGCCUCCAUGAGGCUGAAGGGAUAAAUGAAGAAAUUAGAUUAUCUACUUUCAUUGAAAAAGGAUACCCAUAUUGAAAGAUAUAUGUAAAUUGCACAGCAGAAUCAGGUCAGAUAGUAUGAGUUUAUAGAAAUAAAUAAAGGUAUUUUAUAAAAGGUUUUAAAGCAGUCAUCUCAAACUCAGUUUUUAGUUUUGUCAAUUGUCUGAGGGCUAAGUUGAACUAACCUAUCAAAAUCAUUGUACUUGUAUAAAAAGUUUUCCUUCUCCUUCUCCUCCUUCUCCUCCUUCUUCUUCUUCUUCUUCUUCUUCUUCUUCUUCUUCUUCUUCUUCUUCUUCUUCUUCUUCUUCUUCUUCUCCUCCUCCUCCUCCUCCUCCUCCUCCUCCUCCUCCUCCUCCUUCUUCUUCUUCUUCUUCUUCUUCUUCUUCUUCUUCUUCUUCUUCUUCUUCUUCUUCUCCUUCUCCUUCUCCUUCUCCUUCUCCUUCUCCUUCUCCUUCUCCUUCUCCUUCUCCUUCUCCUUCUCCUUCUCCUUCUCCUUCUCCUUCUCCUUCUCCUUCUCCUUCUCCUUCUCCUUCUCCUUCUCCUUCUCCUCCUCCUCCUCCUCCUCCUCCUCCUCCUUCUUCUUCUGCAGUGAGGCUUAUCUUGUGUACAUCAAGAGGACUCGGCUCCAUAUAUAUAGAAAAGAAGAAUGAAGAUGGUUAUCACUAUAUUUUUGUGUUUCCUCUUCAUUGUCUGUAUUUUAUAUGUGUAAAAAUAACCCUUGAAGUAAUACUAGCUACUGCCUCAUGUGGUAACAUUUGAAUAUGUUGUAAUUGUACUGUAAGCAGCUGUUCACAUUAUCAGAUGACAAAUUUUCUCUGCUCUUUUUUUUUUUCUGCUUUUUCUUUUUCUUUUUCUUUUUUCUUAAGGCAUUACGUGUCUGUUCUUUCUUCCUUUCUUUCUUUCUUUCUUUCAUUCGGUCAGAGCUUAAAAUCUGACACCUCAGUUUUAAGGCAACUGGCAAUAAACUAAACUAAGUUAAUGUCAGCAUGCAAUAAACCCAAAUGCCAUAAUAAAGUCUAUUAAAGUCAGACAAAUUGUAACAACAAAAAUGUGAUAGGCAAGUGUUUUGUAAAUUGAAGUGUUUAUCCUCAGCUCUCCUUUUUGGGGGGUAGGGGAGUUUAAAGUUUAUUUAGAGGUGAAUGUAAUAAGCUUCUGUGUGGUCCAUUUGUCCUCAUUAUUAUACUAAAUGCAAGAUAAUGUAAAUAGGAAGCUAAAGUUUCAAAGCCUUUUUUUUCUCUUCUUCUUCUUUUUUUAAGUUUCCAAGCUUUUUUUUUCUCCUCUUUUUUUACCAUUAAGAAAGUUUGAUUUGUAAAAGGUAAAUGCGUUAUUGUUAUUAUUGUUGUAUAUGUAAACAAAAACAGAUAUUUGGUUUCAAAUGGGUAAGGUUGUCUUCACUGUAAAUAGAAAAAAAAAAACAAAAAAAGAAAAUGGUCAGAUAGUACUUUCUCUUCAGAAAAAAGGCCAUUUUCUCAAUAAUAUAUUAUCCACGAAAGAGAUAUGAAUGGAGUAUUAUUUUAAAACUCCUUUGAAAUAUAUAAGAAAAGUGCUUACAAUUAUACAGGUUUAGUUUAUUUAACAAAUGCAGAUGAUAUGUUAUUACAAAGUGUAAAAGGAUUUUUGUGUGCUUCCUGCUUUCCCAUUUUUUCUGUAAAUUGCAAUUAGAAAUUAAAAAGUUCCAUCCUUUGUGUCCCCCAGAAUAAAAUUUGACAAAAUGCACUAGCAUUUUUUUGAUAAUUAGUACAUAGGUAAUUUUGUAGUACAAAAGAUUGUUUAGAAAUCCAAUCAGAUUUAGAAAGUGGAAACUCAAAACGUUCAAAUGUUGGUAAUGAAGUUAUCAUUUUGUGAUAAACAAAGCAUCCCCCCCCCUUGUGCAGUCAACCAUCCAUGUUCUCGCUUACAAAAAUUAAUAAAUGAUUACUUGUCUUAUUAGUGCUGGGUACAUGCACUGUCCACUGUAGGUUUGUUCUGUCAGUUUUGUUUACACAAACUUGGCUUCACAAGUGCCUAGUCUAACCAACCUAAUUCAGCCAUUCCUUCAAAUUUUUUAGAAAGGUUUUAAUUCUAAUACCAAUAUUAUCAUUGGUGAUUGGUGAUUCAUUGUCUAAGCACUUGUGAAGGCUUCCAUGUGAAAACACAAAUGAUAAAUUAAAUUAUAGGAGACAGGGUAUGUAUAAUGUCCUAGCAUCAACAGAUUAAGAAAUAUUUCAUAAGUGAUUUUACCUUCAGGUUCAUUUUGAAAAUAGCUUCUCGGUCCAGAAUUAGAGAUGCUAAUAACAAGUCUGAAAUAAGGAAAGUUCAUGCAUAAAAGUCAUGAGGAUUUGGGAGGCCAACAGCUGUGUGCUUAUAUUAUGCCACAUGUUUAAUUACAGAAAAAUAAAUAGUAUUGAACAAUUGCUGCUGAUGGCAGAUUUGUUUCAUAAUUUUAUUGAGCAUUGAUAUUUUGCAUUAGGUAUGUAACUGAAAAACAGUUAACAUUUACAUGCAUAUAGAGAAGCUAAACAAGCAGUUGCUUUCAUAUCUAAUGUCAAAUUCCAAGCAAAGCCAAUUUUUUUUAGUAUGUCACAAAUGUAAUUAUGCUCAUUUUUUAUUGAGGCACUUGACAGUAUGGUGACAACAGAGCUGACAGAUUGGUGAUGACAAUUAUUUGGUAACUGAUGGGUUUGCGCACCCAACCAAUUAUCACCAACCACUCAAAUGUUCUUUUCUUCAGUAAAAAAUGGAGUGUAAUAUGAAUUUAGUGCCUUUCUUGGGAAAUAAAUUUUGUAUUAAAUAAACUCAAGAGUUAAGAUCUUCAAUUGCAACUUUAUUUGCUAAAGGUAUUGAUAAAUUUGACAGAGAUGCAUGUGUGAAUGAGAGAUUAUAUGUAUGCCUGUGUAUAAAUUGCAGUUAUGUACUGGGAACGCUUUAUAAUACGAGUAUAUAUCCUGGGCAAGGGUUAAUUUUUAAUGCCAAUGCAUUUGAUAUACUGGGUGGUAUCUUAGGGAAUGUAGAUUAUGGAAAUAUUCACAGUAAUCUCUAUUUUAUAAAAAAUAGAUCAUUAUGCUCUCUGUAAGGAAGCUAGCAGCUAGUGUAUUAUUGCACCCUUUUUGAGUAGCAGAAAAUGUUAGUCUUGUCCCUUUGAUGUCAGCAAUAAAUAGAGAGUGUG